AUGGGGCUUGCUCACGAAACCGGAUGCACUCUGGUUUCGAGUUUUGAAAGCCAAAUAUGGCCGAAACCUGAAGAGAUGACAGCAGAUUACAUCUUUCCUAGAGGCUCAGUGAAUGUAAGAUCUCUUAAGGGCGUAUGGAGGCAUGUUGUGGAGGGUGUUCGCUGGUCGAUAGGGAAUGGAGGUCGGGCAAGAUUCUGGUGGGAUCGUUGGCUUCAUUCAGCCGAACCGCUUGUCAAUCUGGUGAAUGGUGCGAUCCCGGAGGUUGAUUUGUUUGCGACGGUGGCUCGAGGAUGGGAGCUUCACUGUCUAGUCUGCUUACCGUUCUCUGAACUCUCAUUCGGCCACAGGAGAUCGGCGGUUGUGGAAGGCAAUAUGGAAAUGGGUCGGUACGCAGCGAAUUCGACAGUUUCUUUGGUUGGCAACUCGUGGCAAGUUGUUGACGAACUCGGAACAUUGCCGGCGACAUGUUGCGGAUUCCCGGCCUGUGAUCGUUGUGGUGCAGCUCAAGAAACGGUCUUACAUGUGCUACGUGAUUGUCAUGAUGCGGUGAAAGUUUGGUCUGAUUUUGUCCCGAUUGCAUGGCGAUCUCGUUUUUUCUCCUUGACGUUAGAAGACUGGAUUUGGGCCAACUUACUCAACCAGAUUGGUAUUGAUGUGGCAAACUGGGAGUGUGUGUUUGGAGUGACUUUGUGGAGGAUUUGGUCUUGGCGGAAUGCUAUGAUUUUUGAAGGAAAAGCGGUGGGCUCAUGA